AGAUUGUUUACGUUUCAUACUGAUUGAUUUGAUUUUAUGAUAUUGAUCCAAAAUCGGCGUUUUUCUUAUCCUAUGUGAUAGUGCACACAUUUGGUGUCACAUCUCAAGUAGAUCUUGAGUCGUUCAGAUCGCUGCCGCUUCGACGCUUCAUACAUUUUGAGAAUAAAAAUAAUACAAGCAUUUUUCCAAUAGAUUGAAAAGCAGUGAAAAUGCAUGAACUAUCCGCUGGUGUUUUGCCGCGUAUGAAGUCUGGCGAAUACAUAGAUAGUCCUGUCCUUCAAUUACUGACCAGUAAAAGCCAUGCAUCCGGUCCUGAUAAACGCAUCUGUCUACUUCUUUCGGAUGGGGUAUAUUUCGACAAAGAUGUGAAGUUGACCGCAGACUUGAAUAACAUAUAUGAUGUGGGAAAAUUAUCCAAUUUCAGUGUUCUUAGAGUGGACGAAUACAAAAUAGCGGACAAGAAUAUGCUGAUUAUUUGUAAAAUGACAAUUCUUACCCCUGGGCAAGAAACAAAUGGAAAAAUUGGCGAACCUAUUGAUUGCAACAAUGCCUUGACUUUAAUUGCUUCCACAAAUGUCGAACCAGAUCACACUGCUGCUUUAACAAGUGGUGCCCUCUUGAGUAUGAUGUCUGGUAAAAACAUAACUAGACCCGUUCUUCAAAUACUGGAUUCGAAACUUAUAUGCGAUGGGCGUGAUGAGCGUAUCCGUUUAUCAGUUUCGGAUGGUAGAUUUUUCCAUACUUAUACUUGGUUAAGCUCGACAUUGAAAAACAUGUACCAUGAGGGAAUAUUAUCGGAUUUCUGCAUUGUUAGCUUGGACGAAUACUUAAUAACAAGUGCCGGUACGAUAACAAACCGUAGGAGGAUUUUCUUUAUUUAUAGGGAGACUCUUAUAAUUUUAAAAAUGAGUCUUCUUGUACCUGGAGACCAAGUGAAGGUGAAAAUUGGCGAACCUGUAGUUUUGGAACCAUCUGUUACCACACGUGUCAUAUCUACCAUUCCUACGCUGACAACUGGUGCUUUACCGCGUAUGAAAUCUGGCGAAUACCUAGAUAGUCCUGUACUUCAAUUACUGACCAGUAAAAGCUAUGGAUCCGGUCCUGAUAAACGCAUCCGUCUAUUUCUUUCGGAUGGUGCUUAUUUCGACAAAGAUGCGAAGUUGGCCACAGACUUGAUUAACAUAUAUGAUGUGGGAAAAUUAUCCAAUUUCAGCAUUCUUAGAGUGGACGAAUACAAAAUAGCGGACAAGAAUAUGCUAAUUAUUUGUAAAAUGACAAUUCUUACCCCUGGGCAAGGAAUAAAUGAAAGGAUUGGCGAACCUAUUGAUUGCAACAAUGCCUUGGCUUUAAUUGCUCUGACAAAUGUCGAACCACAUCACACUGCUCUAACAAGUGGUGCCCUCUUGAGUAUGAUGUCUGGUAAAAACAUAACUAGACCCGUUCUUCAAAUACUGGGUUCCAAACUUAUAUUAAAUGGGCGUGAUGAGCGUAUCCGUUUAUUAGUUUCGGAUGGUAAAUUUUACCAGAGUUAUACUUUGUUAAGUUCGACAUUGAAAAACAUGUACCAUGAGGGAAUAUUAUCGGAUUUCUGCAUUGUUAGGUUGGACGAAUACUUUGUAUCAAGAGUCGCUACGACACCAAAACGUCAGGAUGUUCUUAUAAUUUUGGAAAUGAAACUUCUUGUACCUGGAGACCAAGUGAAGGUGAAAAUUGGCGAACCUGUUGUUUUGGAACCAUCCAUUACCACAAAUGUCAAAUCUACAAUUCGUACGCUGACAACUGGUGCUAUAGCGGACAUAAGGGCAGGUAUAAAGAAAAACGAUCCAGUUUUGAAAAUUGUAGGCGCAAAAGUUAGAAAAAUUGGGGAUAUUGAACAAAUCUGUUUAGAAGUUUCGGAUGGUAAAUACUUUGAAAGCAAUGUACUCGUUUCUAUCGGUUUAAAUUACUUGUUCUAUGCGGGCAAAUUGUCAAAAAACACCAUUAUAAAGCUAGACGAAUAUAUGUAUCACACUAAUUACCAGAGCCCUACAUUCUUGAUUUUAAAAAUGACUAUACUUGCCGCUGGCGACAAGGUGAAAAAGCCAGUACGCACUGCUAUGCAUUAUAUAGAGGAUUUAACCAAAGAGACAACCCCAAUGACUAACUUGCCUCAACUUUGUACAGGAUACCUGCCGAUUAUUAUGUGUGGUCUUAACUCCAAUAUCUACCCAGUUAUUCAAAUUUUGAAAGCUGAAAUCGUAAUAUGUGCUGGCGCCGAACGUAUUCGUUUGUUAAUUUCAGAUGGCAAAUUCACUAAUAGCAAUACGUUGUUGUCCGAAGAUUUAAAUUUCAUUUACCAUGAGGGAAAAUUAAGCAACAAUGCUAUUGUUAAGGUUAACAAAUAUCUUAUGAUUGCACUUAACCACGAUCGAAAACAAACGGGCAUACUUAUUCAAGAGAUGACCGUUCUCACUCCUGGACAACGUGUAAGUAAAAUAGGCAAUCCUAUUGAUUACAGAAGAGCAAACGAAGGUAAUGAAACUGAAAGAUCUGCUUCCGAUCCCCGACAAAGAAAUAUAUUUAGAAGUCUUAGAAACCUCAAAUUUUAUAAUCUUCCGAGUGUUCUUCCCAAAACAAGGAGAAACAAACCAAAGACCGUAAUAAAGUAUAAAUAUCAAAUCAAGAAGAACUUAAAGGCAACUGUUGAUGGUGGACUUACAUAUGCCCUUGGUGGCUUGAGGCCAAAUGAAGACAAAUGGACGCUAAUCCUUUUGUUGUUGUAUAUGUAUUCACAUCAACGUCAACUCUUAAUUGUCAAAAGCACAUACAAUUAAAAAUGCCGUUUUUUAUAGUUCGCCUCAAAAAAAUCGAGACAUAAAAUUUCUUCCAUAACUUUUAUACAAUUUAUUAUUAUGCUAUCUAGUUGUAAGGCAUUUAUUUUAUUAAAAAUAAAUCCAUUGAAUAGAAAU